UCGUCUCGCCCCAUUAUCGUACCGACCGUUCGUCCGCGCUGAUCGCAUCGUCAACCGACACAGUCGUCUCGCACCGUGAUUCCACCUCGACGCACGUCAACACCGAACCGCAGCAGUAUACACGAGUGGUGCGCGCCCGGUAUAUUCGUGCUUUUCGUAAAAGUUUUUAAUUCUCGUUUUCCCCGUUCGCCCGUCGUCCCGCGAAAAUAAAAUGCGUUUCGCGUGUUGCUGCACCGUGCUCCUGUUGGCCGCGCUGACGUUCAGCUCGCAAGCCGCCGUGCUCGCGUCGCACAACGACGGCAACCACGUGACGCAAGAGGACUCGUCGCGCGCCGCCCGGUCCGACGAGUCAUCCGCCACCGCCGUCCCGGGCAACUGGGCCAUGAUCGCGCGCGUCGCCGACGAGUGCGCCAGGGACAAGGACACCGUGGCCUGCGUGGCCGUCAAGACGGCCACCGCGUUGGAACGCGCGGCCCGCAUGAACGGCAACGUUAACAUCCUGCCGGGUCUGUUGAUCAAGAAGAACACCGCGGACGAAGGGACCCGCGACUCCCGGUCCCUGCCCACCGAGGAAGAGCUCCGCGGCCAGCUCGCCGAACCCGCCACCGGUUCCGACCACACGUCCAAGGUCACCGAAAUGGUCUUCAACUCCGCACUCCGGUUCCUCCAGUCCAGGACCUUCCAGUUCACGUUCCCGCAGACCAACCCCGAAGAACUGUCCAGAGCCAUCGAAGAAGGCCGUGGAAAACUGAAGAAGAAGGUGCUGCCCAUCCUCGGACUGUUGGCCGUCAAAAUUGCCGCUGUCCUGCCGAUCCUUUUGGGAAUCAUCGGGUUCUUCGCGCUCAAGGCUCUGUUGUUCGGCAAGUUGGCCCUCCUCAUCGCCGGUGUGAUGGCCUUCCAGAAGUACGCCAGCACGUCCGGUGGCUUCGGCAAGAUCGCUGACAACUGGAGCGCCCCCAACGUUGCCAGCGCGUGGCCGGCGGCUCAAGCUGCUCCCAGCACCAACGGCGGUUACUAUAGACGUAGCAUGGAGGCUCAACAAAUGGCCUACAACGGGCAAAUGCAACCGUCCGCCCAGACCGUCGCGUAAUCAAACCGUUCGUCAUCGUGUCCCUUCUUUUUUUUCCCAUUUAGACCGUUAAGUUUUUAUUUAUAUCGUCGACUAAUCAUUUAAGAAUUUUUAUCCUUUUUUUUUUUAUACAUAAAUAUAUAUUAUUAGUUGUACCAUUAUAGUGUCACGUGACAGUUAGACGCAAGUUGGAUGAACGAGCGACAUCUGUAUUGCACGAAUGUUGCUUAUUGCGAGUCGAUAUUGUAAUUAUAUCGAUCUCCAUCGCAAUGAGAAUACGCUCGUAAUACUCGGUUACAUCGCUCUUAGAAAGCCGAGUAACUUUUUGCCAUAUUAGUGUUGUCGCACAAAAAGACUCAUAAACGUAAUAAGUUAACUUAUAAUAUUUACCACGAUAAAGACAUCUGACAAAAAGUUACCGGUUCGUGUUUGGCCAACGUGGCUGAUUUUGCAAACACAAAAAUAAUUAGAUUAUUACUUGUAAACUCUAAGAGUUAAUUUAAUAAUUGAUGUAAUACUAUUA